CAUUUAUCUGCAACAGGACUGAAGAACAGCAAACAUCUCAUUGUCCCAGAGAAAGGUUUCCACGUAUUUUGACACCGUUAACUCUGGCUUCGUUGGAUUUUUCAAGCUUCACAAAAAGAUCAUGGAAUUGAAGCUGAUCAAGCACCGAUACAACAGGGUCUCCCUUUUCUUCAUUGUGCUUGUGUUUGUGGUAGGCUUCGUAAUUCAAGGUCAGUGGUUUUUUCCAAACAAAAUCCAAAAUCCUAACAAGUUGAGGGAGCUUCAAGAGUUCCUUACUCCACUAACAUCAAAUGAAACUGCCGUCUCAGCUCCAGAUGAAAGUUUGCAGCAGGGAUCGGAAAACUCCUUACUUUUGAACAUCGGUUUGAGGGAAGAGAUUACAGCAGCGAGGAUACUUAGAAUUGAGCCUUACAUGUACAUCCUCAACGAGCCGAACGCAUGUCUGUUGCAAGACCCUUUCUUAGUGCUUUUGAUUGCGGUUGAGCCCAUAAAAACGGACGCCAGGGAUGCCAUCAGGAAAGCGUGGGCUAAUGAAAGCGUGGCUGGAGGUUUGGGUUUCGUUCGUCUUUUUUUCAUAGGUGUAAAUAAAGACACCCGAAUAGACGGCGGCAAACUGCAGCGCACAAUAGAGCAAGAAAGUCAUCGAUAUCAUGACAUCAUCCAGCAAGAUUACAGGGACACCUACAACAACCUGACCCUGAAAACGCUGAUGGGGAUGUACUGGAUCACAAAAUACUGUCCCGAGGCCAAAUACGUCAUGAAGACAGACAGUGACAUGUUUGUCAACACCGAAUACCUCAUAGAAAAACUCCUAAAACCCAAAGAGCAACCAGCACAGAAAUAUUUUACAGGACAUCUUAUGCCAGACAUGUCCCCAAUUCGAAACCAAGAGAGUAAAUGGUACAUGCCCCAAGAAGUGUACCCUGGUGGGCGAUACCCCACCUUUUGCUCUGGGACUGGGUACGUCUUCUCAGGAGAUGUGGCCCAAAGCAUAUACGUGGUAUCUCUGACCAUACCUAGAGUGCAUUUAGAAGAUGUUUAUGUGGGUAUGUGUCUAGCUAAGCUGAAGAUAGAGCCAACACCACCACCAAAUGAUCAGCUGUUCAAUCACUGGCGAGUGCCCUACUCGAGCUGUAGAUACAGCAACCUGAUCACCUCUCAUUGGUUUCAACCCAAUGAGAUCAUCCAGUUCUGGCAACACCUGCAGAGCAACAAGCACAACCCCUGCCAAACGACUGGGUAAAAGGUUCAUCUUUGGAACAAAAUAAAUAUUUUUGAUCAUUUGACAGCUAUUAAAUUACAAAAACAAACAACAAAAAAAUUUCCUUAUUCAGCAAAUCUUCUCAUUUCGUCUACUGUCAUGAUGGAAAGUACCAUGACAUAUCUGUGCUUUCCUCUGCACAUAAACAAGGUGCAGUGCAUGUAUGUUCUACAACAGCUGCACCACAAAAUUCAAAUGGUCAGGAUAAAACAGGUCAUAAAUAAAACACAGUGACAAGACUUGUAUUAUUACAAAAGAAAAUUCUGUUUUAAAUAAAUGCAUUUAUAAGAUGUUCUAUUCAUCAUUGUCCUUAAAAAAAUAUUAUGAAGCAGCACAAUUUUCGACAUUGAUCAUUCGAAAUGUUUCUUAAGCAGUAAAUUAGCAUAUUAGAAGGAUUUCUGAAGGAUCAUGUGACACUGAAGACAGAGCCUAGUGAUUCCACAUAGAGAGAGAAGCGGUCCAAGAACUGAGCCCUGAGGCACUCCAUUAGUUAGCUGUUGUGACUUUAGACACCUCACCUCUUCAAGAUACCUUGAAGGAUCUACAUGAGUUAAGACUAAAACCACUGGAAUGCGGUUCCUGAGGUGCACUUUUGCCAAUAGUUUUGACCGAAAGAUCUGUUGGAUCUCAACAAAAGCAGCUGGCUGUUCUAGCAAGAUAAGUAUAGAAGAUUUGGAGUCUGCUCUUGCCAGUCAAUUUGAAUGGCAGAACAAGAAACUUGCCACAGAAAUGCUCAAAUACUCAUCUCCCCAGCAUCCUACAGAAUGGAAGCUGGGCUUCAGAGGACAAGAAGUAGUGAGAAUUGGAAGAGACCAAAAAGUUGAAGACCAAGGCGGGUCACUGAAGUGAGGACUUUUGAAGUCUGUGAGGGUCACAACUCUUGUGGGUCAAAUGAAAGGAGAGAGAGAGUUUUAUGGCUCUUUGUCUCCAAGCAUGGUAAUUUGCAUAUUGGUAGAUUAUAAACUAACUCAACUCUAUGUUGCAUAGAUAUCGUGUAAUAUACACUGUACUGGAUGUAAUUAUAUGAUAACUAACAAACUGAUAAGACUUUGAAACGUUUUUGUCUUAAAUCAAUAUGUUUUAUCUCCACACUUAUUUUCUUUGGUGAAAUUUUGUAUAAUACGUGCCAUGAAAUAUCAGUCUAGAACUUGCCGGUUUCUAUACUGAAGGUUUGCUUACAAAGAUUUCAACUUGGAUCAAGGUUUUGUGUAUAAUUAUUUACUUUUGUGGCAAGAAGCCAUGUAAUAAGUGGGAUAAUGUACAACCAGCAGGUUGUUAGCUGCGUUAUAAACCUCCUGGAUGUACAUUGUCCUUAACAUAAAAUGGUAUAUAAUACUAAAAAAAAAA